AUUGUAACUGGGUUUUAAACAAAAAAUGUCUCAAAAAGUCCAUAAGACGACAUAUGGUGAUAUAUAUUCAAGUUCCCAUCAAAAACCAAAAUAUUAGUAAGUUUUAACUUUAGUUCAGGUUACAUACGAAAAGACAUCCUGUCAAGACAAGAUACGCUAUGAAUAGAUUUACAGUAGCCUCGUUUUUGAAACGAAGGCGCCAUGUUGGAAUCUGGGCAUGUCCGGAAAAACAGUCUGGGCAUCACCUAAGCGAUUGCAUUUGUUUAUUUUCCUGUUACUGUGAACUUUUGACCUUUGUGGCAAUUUCGUUUUAAAUUUUUCAAAGUUUAAUAACAGUAUUUGAGUAUAUUCAUUCAAAAGGAAAUUUGUAUUGUGAACCGUCUGCCGGCCGUCGCACAAAUCAGGUCAACUCGUGGUUUUGUUUGAAAACCAUUCAUGUUCAGUUCAAAACUUCAAACCUCUAUCAGAUGUGUGAAAACUAAACUUCACUGUUCCUAAGCCACGAGCGAUAAUUCCAGUUUUUUGUGGUCAGUUAGGCCGCACACACCAUGCUGUUGGUACUACCACCUCUUUGUGUAGUGUAGUAGAAGGGGCCCCUGGGGGUGGCUCAGAUAUGUCAGACCCCCAUCACCACCACCAUCAUCAUCAUCACGGGCAACAGCAGAUGGUGGAUGUGGUUGCCAUGCAAACAAAAAUUCCCAACACUUUUAGAGAUUCAUCUUCAGCACCACUGAGAAAACUUAGUGUUGAUUUGAUUAAAACCUACAAGCACAUCAAUGAAGUGUAUUAUGCCAAAAAGAAACGGAGAGCUGUUGGAGCAGCUCAGGGUGAUGAAACUGGCACAAAGAAGGGCAAGGUCAAUGCACAUAUUUACAAUGAUGGCUAUGAUGACUCUAAUCAUGAUUAUAUUGUCAACCCUGGAGAGAAAUGGAUGGACAGAUAUGAGAUUGAUUCCUUAAUUGGGAAAGGAUCUUUUGGACAGGUGGUGAAGGCUUUUGACCAUAUUGACCAAGAACAUGUUGCUAUAAAAAUUAUCAAAAACAAGAAACCUUUUUUGAAUCAGGCGCAGAUUGAAGUCAAGCUCUUAGAAUUAAUGAAUUCAAAUGACAGAGAAAAUAAAUACUACAUAGUCCGUCUGAAGAGAAACUUCAUGUUUCGCAACCACCUGUGCCUUGUGUUUGAGCUGCUGUCCUACAAUUUGUAUGAUUUGCUACGAAACACUAACUUUAGGGGUGUUUCCCUUAACUUAACCAGAAAGUUUGCACAGCAGUUGUGUACAGCACUGCUCUAUCUUGCCACUCCAGAACUUAAUAUCAUUCACUGUGAUCUAAAGCCAGAAAAUAUUCUUCUGUGCAAUCCCAAACGUAGUGCUAUUAAAAUAGUUGACUUUGGGAGCUCUUGUCAAAUAGGACAAAGGAUUUAUCAAUAUAUCCAGUCACGUUUCUAUCGGUCUCCGGAAGUUCUUUUGGGAAUUCCUUAUGAUCUAGCAAUAGAUAUGUGGAGUUUAGGUUGUAUAUUGGUUGAAAUGCAUACAGGAGAGCCUCUUUUUGCUGGAUCCAAUGAGUUUGAUCAAAUGAUGAAAAUAGUAGAAGUUCUUGGUAUGCCUCCAAAACAUUUAUUGGACCAGGCACAGAAAACACGCAAAUAUUUUGACCAGUUACCUGAUGGUUCAUAUGUUCCAAGAAAGUCUAAAGAUAACAAAAAGUAUAAAACACCACAUUCAAGAAAACUGCAUGAAGUUAUUGGAGCAGAGACUGGAGGCCCUGGGGGUAGACGAGUAGGAGAGGUAGGCCAUGGUGUUGCUGAUUACCUCAAAUUUAAAGAUCUCAUUCUUCGCAUGUUGGAGUAUGAUCCAAAGACAAGGAUAACACCAUACUAUGCCCUCCAACACAACUUUUUUAAAAAGACUUCGGAUGAGAGCACCAAUACUAGUAACAGUACCUCAACUAGUCCUGCAAUGGAGACAAACACUGGCAGUCCUACAGUAGCUGGUCAGUCUAAUGGACGAGCUCGAUCUGACCCAACCCAUCAGCACCACAGCCAAAUGCUGUCAUCACAUGCUCAGCUUGGGGCUGCUGGGGUGUCUGGUAGCAGCAAUACUACUGCAGUCUCGGGGAUUCAGGGACUACAACUUCACCAACCAUCUCUACUUCAUGAAGACAGCAAUUCAUUAGGGCUUGUCCCAACGCAUUACACUUCUAUGGAGUGUGAGAGUCCGUCUGCAGUGAACCAGUCUAGACCUCCUCCUGCUCAUCAGCAUAGGAGUAGUGGAUCAGGCAUGCAGUUAAGUGGUGUCAAUCGCCACAGUUCCCACCAACAGCUAGUUCAUCACCAUCAACAAGCUCCACAUCCACAUUACCAGCCUCAACAGUUGCAAACCAGUCAGUUGAGUCAUAUGCAUAGCUGGGGUGUAGGAGACCCUGGAUCAGCACGUCAUUUAGGAUCUGGUCCCCAACCAAUCAAUUCAGGUGUUGCACUGAGUAGUGUGAUUUUCACUCAGCCAUCUGGUCAUUCGUUUUUGGCAAGAAAUCAACAACCAUCAUCCUCUUCAACAUCCUCUUCUUCUUUGCAUCACACAGGUUUGGUAUCUCCUACCUCUGCAGUUAUACUUGGCAGUGUAGUUUAUGAUACAUCAGCGGUUCCCUUAACAAUCCAUAGGACAUUGGGGCACUAUGAAUCACAACAAGUUUUACUAUCAUCCUCAUCAUCAUCUCUUUCGUCUUCCAACCUACCUGUGGACUUCUCGAUACCUAGCCAGCAACACCUCCACCACCCUCAGGCGCAGAAUGUUCCACAACAAACACUUGUCACUAGCCCUACUCUGCUAGUUGGACCAUCAACUGGGCUACCAAUUGCCCAAGCAACUGAUCUUAUCACAGCCAACUCACAACCGCUGAGUACAUCACUAGGUUAUUCAACCCAGUACAGCUUCCCUCAACAGGGCUGGCAACAGUCACCUACUGGUGGACCGUUUUCUUUCACCACUGCAACACCUAUAGGACAUGACAAUAGUAGUGUCCAAAGAACUCACAGUGCCUCAGAUAGAGGAGAUGAGUCGCCUAUGGUUGGUGUCUGCAUACAACAAAGUCCAGUUGCUAGCCACUGAUGUAACAUUUCAUUCAUAGUACUCUUGUGUUUACUGGCUUUUAUGGAGUGAGGUAGUUAAUUCUUUCUUUCUGAAAUAUCAAGAUACUAGAUCAAAUGACGAUGCAAACUAAGAGUGGAUUACCAUGAACUGACUACAUAAAAAUUUAUGCCUGCGCAAAUUGUAAAUGUAGGCUUCCAGUCUUGUGGAUACAAAAGGCUGACAUACCAUUCCUUCAUGAUGCAUGAAUGCAGGCAUUUCAUUCUGCGAUAUUUUUAAAAAAAAGAUUGUAAGUUCUAAGUUGAUUUUUAAAAAGAUAUGGCCACUAGUCCUUUAUUACGGAAACACCAUGGAAGUUCUUACUCUUAACACGUGUGACCAUUAAAUAUAAGUAAUUUCUUUAAAAAGUGUAUAUUAUUGGGAAGAUUUUUAUUUAAAAAAUUUGUAAUGUGUUUUGCUCAAGUUUGGAAAAGUUUAAAUAUGGUAUUUUAAGCCCAUGCAUCUUUAGCCAAAGUAUUUAUUAUUACCAUGGACAUAGUUAUUGAAACAAUGUGUUUUUCCAUUUCAUAGUUCUGAUGAUUUCUCUAAUUGGUCAUGUGCAACAUCCCCAAGUCAUUAUGGAUAAAACCAAAGCGCACUUUGUAUCAUUUUUAUUCAUUAGCUACAGACUAGUGUAUAUUUACACAAAUCAAUAUAUACCUACCUUCCUGUCACCUGACAUGGAAAAUGGAUUUCAUCACAAGGAUAUAUUGAUCUCUUGCUGUGAUUCAUUAAGUUGACAUAUUUCAUUUUAAAAAACAUAGUUUUUUUUACUGUACUUAAAGGUUAUAUGAGAGUGUGGUAGUGAGAUGCACUUAUUUAAUGGCAACAAUGGAUUCAAUUUUAAUUUGGCUUUUUUUUCUGAUGAAUACAUUUCAAGCAGUUUACAUCAUUCAUUCUUCUUGCUUCUUAACUCCUUUAUGCAAACUAAUUUUGAAAUUAACUUAGUGAAUUUUCUGAACACUUAUUUGUUUAUGGGUUUGAUUAUCUGUUGGUAUUUUUUACAUUCAAAGUAAAAAGAAAAACUUAAAUUCUAACUACAAUACACACUAUAAAAACUGUUUUUUUGUUGUUGUUUUUUUUCAUAAAAAGAAAUUAACCUUGUAAAACAAAAUAAGAGCAUGUUUAGUAUGGAAGUAUUAGUUGUAAAAAUCUGGUUAAAGCUGUUCAGUAGGUACUUGUCAUGUUGCAUAAUUUUUAACUUAGUAAAAUAUUGUAUAUCAUUUUUUUUUAAAUUGGACUUUAGAAAAAAAAUUAUUUUAAUCUCCUUUCAAAUAUUUUAAUUCUAAUAAUAGAAAACUAUAUUGUGAAUUUUAAAAAUCUUAAAAAUAUAAUUCUAAAGGCUUCCUUCCUGCAUAAUAUUUACAUGUAUUAAACAGAUUAAAUUGUUCCAGUUUAGAUUCUAAAGAUUAAUCACUUUGGCAUAAUUCAAUUACAUGUAACUGUUUUAAAUGUGGGUUCAAAUUUGGUUUUAAUUUUUGUUUCACAUCUUAUUUGACCCAGGUUGAAAACAACAAGAUGUAGUUAUUAUAGUCUGGAAAAUAAAACUGUUCAGAAAGGUGCCUUUUGAAAUUGGAGCUUAUCACCUUUAUAGUCAAAGGGCCAGUGGCUAAACAGUAGCCUGUUGAUAAUCACACAAAUACUGCUGAUAUUGAGAGGUUUAAAUCAGUAAAACUGUAGUGUCCUGUUUUAAUUUUGAAUUAAGUUUUCAACAAUUUAAGGCUUUAGAUAGGGAGAGAUAAUUGAAGCAUUUUUUUUUUCAAAAAGAUUUUUACUCUAAAAGCAACACUUUAAUGUUUUGUUUUAAAAACUACUACAUCACCUUUUUAAUGUUUUAUAUAGAGUUUUAAUAAAUAGCAGAUGAAUAAAAAGGUUAUUUUGCAUAAAUGUUAGCAAAUUGUUAAUGAAAUAAGUUACUGUAUAUAAUACAUGGCCAGUGUAUAUUGUUCUUUUAGAUUAUUGAUAACAUGCUAUGCAGUGGUUCAUUUGUUUUUAAUUUUAGGAAAAACACUGUUAGUGUUAGCUUUCAGUAUUUAAAGUUUUGUAGCUUUUUAAAACCUGCUACAUUUGAUUUGCACUAUUUAGAUUUGAGGGAAAUAGACAAGUCUAUCAAAGAAUAAGUAGUUGUAAAUGCAUUUGAAGGUUGUUUAAUUUUGAGGAUAUAACACUGUAACCCAUCUGUUACAAGUGUGUGUUGUCACUGGUAAAUAUGACUGUAAAUAUAUGUUUUCAUCAUCUGUGAUGCAGUUUUAUAAAUAAUUAUGGAACUUUAUCAGUACAACUGAUAAAUUUUUGUUGUUACAUCAAAUUCAUAGUUGAAUUUUCCUUCAAUCACCAUGCGUCUUUAUAUACUGUACAAUUGAUCAAUUUACUAUAGCUAAGUAGAAAUUUUUAUUCUGUUAAUUUAUCCUAAAUGACUUAGUUUAUAAUUGAAGAUGAAUAAUUAGGAUGUGGCACAUUCAGUACCAAUUUUCCAGUAUCAACUUCCUAGUAUGUUAAAAAUAUGUACAUAGUGUAAGAUGUAUUGUAGUGUACAGGAAAGAACACCUUGUAAACAUGCACUAGGAUUCAAUAUUCUAUUCAAAACUCGGAAAAAAAAUCACAUGUUAAAUUAUUUCAUCAUGUUUAAUCCACAACAGUUACGUUAUAUGAAUAAAUAGGGUAUUGUUUUUUUGUCAACUAGGAUUUCAUUUUUCUAAUGUCACAGUAAACAGUGAAUGUUUGUAUUUGUCCAUUCUACUGUUCUUAUCUAAUGAAUUACUUAGGGUGAGUGAGACUAUUUAGAUUUGUAUUUUGAAAUUCUGUAUUAAAAAUGUUACUUUUCAAUAGCAAAGAAAUAAUAGAGCUUUGUAAAAUAGCACCAUCUAAAUAACAUUGACUCAUACACUAUCGAUCUAUGGGCAUUUAUUUCCACCAUCUCCAAAAAAAUAUCAGCAAGAUUUUUUUUUUAUUGAACAUCAAACUUUUAAAUAAAACCGUUUCUAGAAUUGGUUUCUCUAUUUAGCAACAUAGUUUUAUUAUGGAUGAUGGGGUUUUUUUUUCCAUUAAAACUUCUAGUUUUAUUUUUUAUUUCUGUUUAGAAAGUUCCAUGCAGGUGUCUUUUGUACAUCCUCUUCAUUAUUUUUUUUUAAGUUCGAACAAAAUAUGUAAAUGCUUAUCUAGAUAUAGGUGCUAAUAACAUUGAGAAAAACAAACUGGUCAGAUAUGCCCUUGUGUAAACAAUCAGCUGUAUUAUUGCUUGCAACAUUGGAUAGUUUUCACCUUAAACAUACAAAGUUUAUUGAAAGAUGAGAAACUAAUUCAUAAAUAUAUAGCAGGGGAAAAUAGUUUAGAAUCUCAGCCAAAUAGAUACUAAAUUCAAAAUAGGCAAGAUUGUGAAUAUUGUGAUACUGACUGUUCAGUUAAGUGAGGGCAAUCCCAUUAUUUUAAUCAUUUCACAUAUAUGAUGUAAUUUUAAGGUAAUUUUUAAGAGCACUGUAUAUUUCAUUAUCUCAGGAAAAAAUAUCAAGUAGUUUCUCAUGUGUGUCAGUUGUAGUGGGCCAGCAGAGGUAGUUGGCUUGUGUGUUCAACAGGAAUUAAGUCUUCUUCUUAAAUAAGUCUUAAAUAAGAAAUACUGUCUAUAUUUCUAUAUUCAUCUCUUUAUUUGAUAGAAAUCCAGCAUUACCCUGCUUUAUAUUUUUAGACACAACACAGCAGUCAAUCAUAGAGAAUUAUUACAAUUAUGAAGUCAGAAAAAAUUUAACAGACCCUUAUAACAACUCAAAAUUAUACAAGUUUUGAUUCUAAACAAAUAUUUAAAAUUGCAAACAAUGAGAUGAAAUGACUAAAAGAGGGGUAUUACCAGUGAAUAUUUUGACUUUCUGUGUUUCUGGUCACGUUCUAAAUAAACAAUAAACUACACAAGAUUACCCCUCUGAUCAGAAAAAAUAACUGGUUUUUUUUUUUUUUUUUGGUAAACGCUGCAGGUUUGAAAAAAAAAUAGAAAUGUGUUUCUUUAUAGUUUAAUUCAUGUUCAUAGAAAGACAUUCUAACAUCUACUGGGUCUUUAUUGUAAGUUUUUCCAUACUUGCUAUAUUCAAUUUAUAAAUCAUUUAAUCAACACUACAUUUUUAUAUUUGGUUCAACAAAUUUCUUGUUUUAUUUAGUUGAACUUUCAGUUUAAAAGUUUGCUAUAUUUUUAAAUUGUAAAACCAGCCAGCAAUGUUUGGUUGUUUGUUGUUUUUUUUUUUAAGUUUUUGUUGUGUACUUUUUAGCCACAAUUAUCUUCUAUUGAAAGUAAACAUUAAUUCAUAUUCAGUUUUAAAUGUUAUCAGAUAGACUUAAGAUAGAUGAUAUUUAUGCUGCAGGAAAAAAGUUUUUUUUCCCACUUUUGACUUGUUAAUAGAGUGUUUACAACUACAUUUUUAUUCGAUCCUUUCAUAGUGAAGAUUGAUUUCAUUAGGAUUUAAUUUGUGACAUUUAAGUGAUUUAUUUGUUUUCACCUAGUAAAAAGUGCUCUGAUCUCAUGAUUAUUGUUACACUGUUUAGCCAGUUUAUGAUGAUAAUGAGAGUUUUUCAUCACUGUGUGGGGAAGGUAAGCUUCUGUAUCAUACUGUAAUAUAAGCAGAGUGUCAGCCAUAAUAGUGUUUGUAAUAUAUUCAUCUGUUAUUUCACUUCUAUUAUUUUAAGAUUCAACUGUACAUACAACACUGAUACAUCAUUGCCCCUCAAUAAAAAAUAUAACUGUUUUAAC